CAUUGUAAACAAGACAAAUUUUGACGUAUUUGUAAUAAAAUAUAUUAAUAUUUAAACGUAUUAAAAUCACAUUUUCGGUAAACAUCUUUAUCCAAAUUUAAAGUUAAACAGUGUUAUAUUCAAUGGAGGAGGUACAGCGGCAUUCGGUACACACGCUGGUAUUUCGCUCAUUAAAGCGAACCCACGAUUUCUUUGUAGCCAAUCAAGCUUUGCUCCCAGAAAUGGACGAAAAAUUAGAGAAAAUGAAAUUCUCAAUUAAAGCACGCGAUUCUUAUGGAUUGGUUUUCGAUCGUACAGCCAAAGCCAAGAAUGUCGUGGUUAAACGAACUGAAAGUGGAAGACAAGAAUUGGCAUCUCAUCCGGCACAGGAUAAUGUGCUAGCGAUCACCGCAGAUGGCGAAAACGAACAGAUAAAUGCUCAAACAGCGUUGAUCCCUGUGGCGACUUCGAAUUCGCAAAAUUCAUCGUCGAACACUGUUCAAAUCCUUCCGAAGAAAGCACCGACAAUACCGAAACCUAAGUGGCAUGCACCUUGGAAACUAAUUCGAGUAAUUUCUGGUCAUUUAGGAUGGGUACGAUGUGUUGCAGUCGAGCCAGGUAAUGAAUGGUUUGCAACAGGUGCAGCCGAUCGGGUUAUUAAGGUUUGGGAUUUGGCAAGCGGAAAAUUGAAGCUUUCGUUAACCGGUCACGUAAGUACGGUUCGGGGUCUGUGCGUCAGUCCUCGUCAUCCGUAUCUGUUCAGCUGUGGCGAAGAUCGGCAGGUUAAAUGUUGGGAUCUGGAAUACAAUAAGGUCAUUCGACAUUACCAUGGUCAUCUGUCUGCUGUAUACACUAUGGCGUUACAUCCGACGAUUGAUGUUUUAGUUACGGCUGGUAGAGACUCAACGGCUCGUGUUUGGGACAUGAGGACAAAGGUCAACGUUCAUACUUUGACAGGGCACACUAACACAGUGGCAAGUGUAGUUUGCCAAGCGGCAAAUCCGCAGAUUAUAACAGGAAGCCACGACUCAACCGUCCGUUUGUGGGACCUGGCUGCAGGAAAGAGCAUGUGCACGUUGACUAAUCACAAAAAGAGUGUUCGUAGUAUAGUUCUGCAUCCUUCACUGUACAUGUUUGCCUCUGCUUCACCAGAUAACAUUAAACAGUGGCGCUGUCCGGAGGGCAAUUUUAUUCAAAACCUGAACGGCCACAACGCCAUAGUGAACUGCAUGGCCGUCAAUCCAGAAGGCGUUCUGGUGUCUGGUGGUGACAAUGGAACUAUGUUUUUCUGGGACUGGCGUACCGGGUACAACUUUCAAAGAUUUCAGGCUGCCGUCCAACCGGGCUCAAUGGACAGCGAGGCAGGUAUUUUCUCCAUGACGUUCGAUAUGUCCGGCUCGCGGUUGAUUACGACCGAGGCGGAUAAAACCAUUAAAAUUUACAAAGAGGAUGACGAGGCUUCGGAAGAGUCGCAUCCAGUGAACUGGCGACCGGAAAUUAUUAAGCGAAGAAAGUAUUAGGUGACAAGCAUAAUUAUUCAUAUUUUCUUAUUGAAAUUAAAGCAAUAAUUGAAAAACA